GGAGGAGGAGGAAUUCAAACAAGGAAGCAUUCCAUUUUCGUUUUCUCCAUCUAAACUCCCCUUUUUCGUUAAUUAUGACUCCUUUUGUCAAUCAAUAAUUUCGCCGGCGAUACCUCCUGCUUAUUAUAUUUUUGACCUUUUUCCUCCAAGAUUGGAUUAUUUUAAAGGCAGGCAGAGGAGAUUACAAGAGUGAAGUUGCUGUGGCCUGUGGGUGAAGGAAGCAUCAUGGGUAAAGAAAAUAGCUCUUUGUUGGGGAAUGGAAUUGUUGGAAUCCUUUCAGAGACUGUUAACAUGUGGGAGAGACGAACACCAUUGUGCCCGUCUCACUGCGCUCGUCUUCUGCACAGUGGAAAGAUGCAGAGUGGAAUUGAACGGAUUAUUGUGCAACCGAGUACAAAGCGCAUUCACCAUGACUCUCAGUAUGAGGAUGUUGGUUGUGAGAUAUCUGAUGAUCUUUCUCAAUGUGGCCUCAUAUUGGGUGUUAAACAACCUAAGAUGGAGAUGAUUCUUCCAGAUAGAGCUUAUGCUUUUUUCUCCCACACGCACAAGGCCCAGACAGAAAACAUGCCUCUGUUAGACAAGGUGCUUGCAGAACACGUUUCUUUAUUUGAUUAUGAGCUUAUUGUUGGUGAUGAUGGAAAGAGGUUGAUUGCAUUCGGGAUGUUUGCUGGUAGAGCUGGAUUGAUCGAUUUUUUGCAUGGGCUAGGACAACGUUACUUAAGUCUUGGGUACUCAACACCUUUUUUGUCUCUUGGGGCAUCUCACAUGUAUUCUUCUCUUGCUGCUGCCAAGGCUGCUGUCAUUGCUGUUGGUGAAGAAAUAGCCACCCAGGGGCUUCCAUCUAGAAUAUCUCCUCUUGUCUUUGUAUUCACUGGUUCCGGAAAUGUCUCCCGGGGUGCACAGGAGAUAUUCAGACUCUUACCUCAUACUUUUGUAGAUGCCUGCCAGCUUCCUGAUCUCUUCAAACAGACAGGGGAUCUAGCACCUACUUCAAGAUCAACCAAGAGAGUAUUCCAAGUUUAUGGAUGUGUCGUCACCUGUCAAGAUAUGGUUGCUCCGAAGGACCCUGCCAAAACUUUUGACAAAGAUGACUAUUAUGCUCAUCCGGAGCAUUAUGAUCCUGUUUUCCACGAGAAAAUCGCACCAUAUGCAUCAGUGAUUGUUAAUUGCAUGUAUUGGGAGAAAAGAUUCCCCAGGUUGCUGAGCACUAAGCAGCUGCAAGAAUUAAUGAAGAGAGGUUGCCCGCUUCUUGGAAUUUCAGAUAUAACAUGUGAUGUUGGAGGUUCAAUGGAAUUUGUUAACCGACCCACAUCUAUAGAGCGCCCUUUCUUCAGGUAUGACCCUUCCACGGAUUCGUACCAUGAAAACAUGGAAGGGGAUGGCAUUCUUUGUCUCGCGGUGGACAUCCUUCCUACAGAAUUUUCAAAAGAGGCUUCUCGACAUUUUGGAGAUAUCCUAUCUCAGUUUAUCGGUACAUUAGCCUCAAGUAAGAACAUUGCUGAUUUGCCGUCACACCUGCAAAGAGCUUGCAUAGCUCAUGGAGGAGCAUUGACUCCAUUAUUUGAAUAUAUUCCCCGAAUGAGAAAUUCAUCUUCAAUUGAUUCAUCACCAAAUCCAGAUAGUGCUUUCCAGAAGAAAUAUAACACAUUGGUGUCUCUUAGUGGCCAUUUGUUUGAUCAGUUUCUGAUAAAUGAUGCUUUAGAUAUCAUCGAAGCUAAUGGUGGAUCUUUUCGCUUGGUUAAAUGUGAAGUUGGCCAAAGUGCAAAUGUCACCUCCUAUUCUGAAGUUGAGGUUGGUGCUGAUGACCUGGCCAUCUUAAAUCGAAUAAUUGAUUCCCUUAGUUCUGUUGCCCAUUCGCGUGGUAAAGUUGGGCAUCGAAGGAAAGAGGAGUUGUCUUUGAAUGUUGGAGAAAUCAGUGACAUGGCGGAAGACAAUGGUCACUCUAACCAGAGGCCAGCAAUUCUGAUUCUUGGAGCAGGACGUGUUUGUCGACCUGCUGCUGAAUUUUUAGCAUCAGCAGGAAGCAGGUCCUCACAUGUUCUAAAAAAAUGGCAGGUUUCUAAGUUUGAGGAAAUUGAAGAAUUUAAGGUUAUUGUGGGAUCACUCUAUUUGAAAGAUGCAGAAGAGACAAUUGAAGGUAUACCCAAUGCGACAGCUAUUCAACUUGAUGCAAUGGAUAAUGCAAGCCUGGCUAAGUAUAUACCUGAGGUUCAAGUUGUCCUAAGCUUGUUGCCCCCCAGUUUUCAUACCACCGUGGCUAAUGCUUGCAUAGAGCACAAAAAGCACCUUGUCACUGCAAGCUAUGUAGAUGAUUCCAUGUUAAAGUUAGAUAGUAAGGCUAAAGAUGCAGGUGUUACAAUUCUUGGUGAAAUGGGCCUGGAUCCUGGGAUAGACCACAUGAUGGCAAUGAAGAUGAUCGAUCAAGCACAUGUUAGAAGGGGGAAAAUAAAGGCCUUCAACUCCUACUGUUGUGGGCUUCCAUCUCCAGCUGCUGCAAACAACCCUCUGGCAUAUAAGUUCAGCUGGAACCCAGCUGGUGCUAUUCGUUCAGGCCGCAAUUCAGCUACUUAUAAGCAUUCUGGUGAAAUUAUUCAAGUUGAUGGGGAUGGACUGUAUGACUCAGCAGUGAGGUACCGGCUACCAGAUCUUCCAGCCUUUGCUCUGGAAUAUCUCCCAAACCGCAAUUCUCUGGUGUAUGGUGACUUGUACGGGAUUAGUAAUGAAGCCUCAACCAUCUUCCGCGCCACCCUCCGUUAUGAAGGAUUUAGUGAAAUAAUGUCAACCCUAGCAAAAAUUGGAUUGUUUGAUACAGAAGUUCAUAUUAUGUUGAAUGGUGAUGGUAAAAGGCCAACAUUUGGUGCCUUUCUUUGUGAACUUUUAAAAUGUCCUGAUACCUCGAAUUCCCAGAGCCAGGCCACCUUGAUGGGAGAUGCAGAAAUGGUUAAGAGGAUUAUCUUGUUGGGGCACUGCAAAGAAGCUUCUAUGGCAUUGAAAACGGUGAAAACUAUCAAGUUCUUGGGGCUUCAUGAAAACAAGGAAAUUCCUGGAAAGUGUUCAAGUGCAUUCGAUGUAACUUGUUUUCUCAUGGAAGAGAGAUUAGCCUACUCCAGCAAUGAGCAGGAUAUGGUUCUCUUGCACCAUGAAAUACAAGUGGAAUAUCCUGAUGAUGAUGACAGGAAGCCCACAGAGAUCCACAGAGCCACUUUACUAGAAUUUGGGAGGAUGGAGAACGGGAGAAAUGUCACUUCAAUGGCUCUCACUGUUGGCAUCCCAGCAGGAAUUGGAGCUCUGCUAUUGUUUCAGAAGAAGAUCCAUAGGACGGGUGUGAUAAGACCUCUCCAACCUGAAGUUUAUGAACCAGCGUUGGAUAUAUUGGAGUCAUACGGACUGAAGGUUGUAGAGACUGUCGAGAUUUCGUGAGUGAGAAAUAUGCUUUAAACGCAAGCACAAGCACAAGCACAAGCACGCAUGCAUAGUCUUUUAAGACGUCAUGUUUAUAUAGAAUAGAGGCUAGCAGAUGUAAAGAACACAGCACUUGUGUCAACUAGCGAUUACGCUUCAGGUGUUUUGAACCUGGGACUGGCUGGAAAAGUGAUCGGCUGAAAUUCUUUCUAGAGGUCUAGUGUGUGUGUUUGUUUGUGUGUUUACAUAUAACUUAAUUUGAAGCACAGCUGCUUUUUAUUAUAUUGUUUUAUUUUUUAGUA